AUGGAAAAAAUGAAGUUAAUAUCGAGAGAAACCAUCAAACCCUCCACACCAACUCCUCCACACCUAAAAAUCUACCCACUCUGCUUCAUCGACCACAUCGUUUUCCGCAACUACAUCCCAAUACUUCUGUUCUACUCUGCAAACCACCAUUCCAAGAACCACCAAGCUUCCAAAAUCUCAACGCUCAAGAAAUCCUUAUCCCAUCUUCUGUCACGAUACUACCCCUUCGCGGGGAAGCUCAGAGACCAACUUUCCAUCGAAUGCAACGACCAAGGUGUGUCCUUUCUCGUCACAACCUUCACAUGCAACCUUUCAUCGGUCCUCCACAAUCCCAAGCAUGAAUCCUUCGACCCUCUGUUCCCAGAUCAACUACAGUGGAACCCCAUGGAAACAGCUUCUUCAACCAUUGUAGCCAUUCAGAUAAACUGUUUUGCAUGCGGAGGAAUCGCCAUAAGCGUCUGCAUGUGUCACAAAGUUGCCGACGCCGCCACACUCUGCAACUUCAUCAAUGACUGGGCCACUUUCAGCCGCCAUUACCAAAACCAAAACCAAGAAGAAGAACAAGCAGAGUUGCUGUCAUCAUUACCCUUCCCUGUUCCCGGGGCUUCAUUUUUCCCGCAAGAAGACUUGCCCGUUUUUCCGGAAGCUGCCUUCGUGAAAAACGACACCGUUUGCCGAAGGUUUGUGUUCGAGGCUGCUAAGAUCGACUCGCUCAAAGCCAUGGUGUCCUCCUCCGGCAACGUGCACAACCCCACGCGCGUGGAAGUUGUGAGCGCGUUGAUCUACAAGCGCGCGGUUUCAUCGCUAGGGUUGACUUUCAAAACGACGGCGUUCCGAACCGCCGUGAACCUCCGCAACAGAACAGUUCCUCCCCUUCCUGGAAAAAGCUUGGGGAAUCUGGUUUGGUUCCUCUUCGUAUCCAACCUGGGGGAAGAGGCGGAGCUGCAGGAGUUGGUGCUGAAAAUGAGAGAAGGGUUGAGCGAGUUCUGUGAGACGUGUGGGAAGAAGUUUGGAGGGAAGAAGAAGGACUCGAGGUUCAUCACGGAGUGUCUGAAGCAGGCUACCAGGGUUCCGGAGGGUGGGAGUUUUGUGUGUUGCGCGAGUUGGUGCAGGUUUCCGAUGUACGAGGCGGAUUUUGGGUGGGGGAAACCGUCGUGGGUCACCACUAGCGAGUGUCCGGUGAAGAAUAGCGUUGUUUUGAUGGAUACGAGAGAUGGUGAAGGGAUUGAAGCGCUUGUAAACAUGGAGGAGCAUGACAUGGCCAAGUUCGAGCGUGACUUCCACCUUCUUCAAUAUGCUUCUCUUAAGCCAUAA